AUGAUGGGGGGGCUCCGCUCCCAGCUGGCGGGGCUGCUCCUGUUGCUGGUGCUGCUGUCCCCAGUGCAUGGUGCUGAGGAGAGUCAAGACCAGCCAGUGUUCAGCCGUAUCACAGGGGGGCAGGAUGCAGAGGAGGGUCGAUGUGUGCAGGAAUAUGAUGAUGAAAAACAUGAAUACUGCCACACCUGUGGAGGAUCCCUCAUCUCAGCCCAGUGGGUGGUGUCAGCCGCUCACUGCUUCAAUCCCUAUCGCAAUGAAUCUGAGUAUUGCGUGAACCUGGGGGAGUACCAGCUCCCUAACCCCACCCCGACCUGCAUCUCGUCCCCCGUGUGUUGCUUCAUCAGGCACCCCGACUACAACCAGAGCACGUACUUCGCUGACAUCACCCUGGUGCAGCUGACGGAACCUGUCAGCUUCACGGAUGCCAUCCGCCCCAUCUCCCUGCUGGACCCCUCCACCCAGCUCCCAGCCAGGGAAAAGUGCUGGGUGCACUUCAGCCACCCCGGACGCUUCAGGAGCUGCAGGUUCCUCUCGUCGCUGUGUCGACCUGCAGAGAACACUUUGGGGAACGGAGCCACUGGAUCCAAGAUGACGUGCUGUGCGCUGGGUCCAGGGGUGACCCUAAUGGCCCCUGCAAGCUCUUUCCCACCGUCUGCCUAUUGUGUGAACCUCGGAGACCACCAGCUGUUCAACCCCUCCCCGAGCCGGGUCUCAUCCCCUGCACGCCAGAUCUUCAUCCACCCCGAUUACAACAGGGGGACCCGUGCAGCCGACAUCGCCCUAGUGCAGCUGGUGGAGCCAGUGCGAUACACCAGAAUCCUCCCCAUCUGCUUGCCUGGCCCCUCCGACUCCUUCCCUGACAACCACACGUGCUGGGUCACUGGUUGGGGGAGAAUAGACUCUGAGGACGCUGCAGGAGGUUCAGGUCCAGCUGAUCGACACUGCAGCCUGCAACGCCCUCUGCAACAUCGACCCAGCCCCGAACAUCGGCAGGGACCCCGUCAAACCCGCCAUGAUCUGUGCCGGCUACGCCGAAGGGCAGAGGGACUCCUGCCAGGGUGACUCUGGGGGGCCGCUGGCCUGUGACCACAAUGGGACCUGGUUCCUGAUGAGGGUUGUG